GUUCAGGAGCGCUCGUCGUCAUCGUAAAAUGGGUCGACAAUAAAGCCCGCAGUUGCUCAGCUGACGGCGUGACAGACGGCGGCGCUGCCCACUGACAUGGAUUACUUAAUUCCGAUGAUGCUGCUGUCUCUGUGCGCAUGGGCCGGCGCGUACGAGCCUCUGGACAUCGUGAUGCAACGACGGCGGAACGCGUAUCCAAUAUACGCUAGCAACUUUGUGGACGAGUAUGAGCCUUACGCGGUAGCUGCCUUCCCGAUGCACGCGCCCAUGCACAUCUUCCAGGUCAUUUCACCCGCGCCCUACGCAGGCAAGUUGAGGAAACAAGUAAAACGCCCUCAACCCAAUAGAGAUUUGCACGCAUAUGCCUCGUCCAACGUAGAGCAAGCCUACGAACCCUAUACCUACGAACACAUAUACGAAGAUUCGGUUUCUCAGCCAAAAUACAAAGGCAAAGGGAAUCCAUAUGAGGAGGAGGCCUCGUCAGUAGUUGUGUACGCUCGGCCGAAUAAAAAUGGAGGUUACACUUACCGCAAACCGCCUGCGCCGACGCCGACGCCAGCGCCGCACGCGCAACGUGAACCAAUCAUAAUAAGAAUUCAUAAAUACAGAGUAAUCCAUUAGCUCGCCUGCAGACAGCGCGCGAAACAAACAAAUGUGAUAGUAUUUAUGUUCUAUUUUAGAUUUUGAUAUCAUUGGCGUAGCGAGCUUUCUUUGAGGAAGGACAUACUCCUUUCUCAAAGAAAACAAAUCAGGUCUGCAAAUAAUUUUACUUAUAUAUAUACUAAAUAUUUUUAUUUUCUUCAAAUCUAGAAACAGCUUGACACAAUAUUAAAUUUUAAAAUAUGUUUUAAUGUCAUGUCAAUGCGUUCUCUAGAAGCUUACCCUCCAUAUAGAUAAGCGGUACGCCAGUGAUUUUGAAUAGAUAUUUUAUCGAAUUAUAUCAUACAACGACAAAUACUACUAACAAAAUCUGUCAUAUUUAUGAGUAUACUUAUUUGUAAAAACGAAAUCUGACACUGAAAAAUAAACAGGAUACUUACUUUUUGACAUAAAAUAACUUUACAUUGUAAGUUAGGUAAGUGUAUUUUGUAAAUUUAAUAUAAGAUAAACCUUAGACACAAUGGAUCUCUAUUCACAAAGGAUAUAGGUGACAGUGUACAAUACUGUCGGACUCGGCAUUAUAUUUGUAAAUCAAGUUUUAAGUAUGGGACUGUGUGUAUUUUAGUAAUUAUGAAAGUUAAUUUAUGUAAAAUAAAACAUUUUAUUA